AUGUUUUCAUCACCGUAUAAAGAACAGCAAACAUCCCGAGUUACAUUGAAUUAUAUUUCUCCUUGGUCUCUUCGUCGCUUGCUUGAUUUUUCGUACCUUGGUUGCUUAGAAAUAACAGAAGCCACUGUACAGGAUAUAUUUCUCGCUGCUAGUUUACUUGACUAUCCAAUAGCUAUUAAACAUUGUGUUGAUUUUAUGAAGAGUCAUUUAGAUGUUACAAAUUGUUUAGGUAUCGAAGCCUUGGCCGAAAUGCACAACCUUACUGAUUUAGCUCAGUCAUCGCAUAAAUUAGCUGUAGAGAAUUUCUCAAGCUUACUAAGAGAAUCUAAUGAAUGGACCAAUUUGUCUAUUUCAACUGUCAUUUCAUAUAUCUCUUCAGAUGAUUUAGAUGUACCUUCAGAACAAGUGAGUCCUACGAUUGUUAUUUAUUAG